AAAUUUGUUCCGACUUUAGGCAUGGGAAAGAGCGCGUGCUCUGCACGCAAAACCUUCCGGGCACGUCCACGCAAGGCUGGCCACGUGCGCCCUCCCCCGCCCUACAACCCCUGCCGCUCAUUCUGCAGACUAUCCUGGGCGAGAAGCACCGGGGGUGGGGUGGGGCUCGACACGCCAGCCAUUUCAAGCACCUCCCUCCCCACCCACUCACCCCCACGCCUACUCCUUACUCCCAGAGAACCCUGGGAACUGUAGUUCGUUAAGGGCGCUGGGCCUGGAGGUAAACUACAGCUCCCAGGAUUCUUGCGGGAGGGAGAAAAAAAAGGGAGAGAAGCCCAAGCCCUUGCAACGCGACCCGCUUCCUAGGUUCCUGCCCGACACAAUCCUGUCUAUCUGCAACAUCUCCCCGCAAAUGGCGGCGCCGGCGCCGAAUAGAAACCGGAAGUGUGUCCAUGCGACGGGAGAGCCGGCUCCUUACCGGCGCCAGAACUGAACCGGGGGUCUCAGCGAUUGCUGCCUUCCCGUCUCCCUGACCAAACGUUGGAAAGAGAAACGCAGACUGCUGAAAUUUCUCUCACCUUAGUAGCAUCGUUCCAAGCUAUGGAGAAGAAGGUGGAUUCUCAUGCCACGCGGUUGUCGGAUCUGGAGGGCAGGACGGGAACGGCUGAGAAAAAGAUAAUAGACUGUGAAAAAACGGCGGUGGAAAUUGGGAACCAGCUGGAGAGCAAGUGGGCCGCGUUGGGGACUCUGAUCCAGGAGUACGGGCUGCUGCAGAGGAGGCUGGAGAACAUGGAGAACCUGCUGAAGAACCGGAACUUCUGGAUCCUCAGGUUCCCACCAGGCUCCAAAGGGGAAACCCCCAAGGUGCCCGUGACGUUUGAUGACGUGUCCGUAUAUUUCAACGAGAAGGAGUGGGAGAAGCUGGAGGAGUGGCAGAAGGAGCUGUACAAGAACUUGAUGAAGGGGAACCACGAGUCCUUGAUCUCUCUGGACUAUGCAAUUUCGAAGCCAGGCGUUUUGGCCCAGACGGAGCCGGGUACCGACUCGUGUCUCGCAGAUGAGCAAGACUCAGAGGAGCAAGGGAGCCUUCCUGAUCCCACUGCAGCAGGCCUAAGGGUAGUGAUCAAAACAGAGGAGCCCCAUUCUGACGACUGCCCGGAAGACCUGGAGCAGCACCAGAUGUCUGGGAGCUCAGAGGGGGAUUUUCAAGGCCUGGACCAAGAGGCCCCCUGUGGCAGUCCGUACAGUGCAGUGACACCUCUGGGGGACUUUGCAGGGAACAACCUCGAGGAAGCGGGCGAGUACGAGGUGGGCUUCGGGGAAAUCAAGAGAGUCACUGUCCAGCAUGGCAGCUGCACAGAUGAUGGAAUUGUGAUCAAAAUGGAGGAGGAAGAGGAAGAGGAAGAGGAGGAGGAAGACCCUGUCGACUUAGAGCCACGUGGGCUGUUCUCUUCAAGAGUGGAGCCGCCAUGUUCACUAAAUUGCAACGUGGAAGUAAUGCGGGAAGACCAGCGGGUGACAAAGCCUUCCAGAGCCACCGUGGGCAUCUGUGCCCCGUUGUGUGAGAGGGACAAUAGCGUUGAGGCCCACCCGGUCACCCUCCAGCAGAGGAACCGGACACGUGAGAGGCCAUACAUCUGUCCAGAGUGCGGCAAGAGCUUCAUGCUGCGCAUCAAUUACAUCAUCCACCAGCGGAAUCACCUCAAGGAGGGCCCCUACGAGUGCCACGUUUGCGACCUCAGCUUCCGCAUCAAGCAACAGUUCCUGCUGCACCAGCGGCUGCACACUGCACGGCGGGGGGUGGCUCCUCCACCCCGCCGGGGACAGGCCUACCCUGACAAACGCAGCCUCAAGUCACAGCCCAGGCCCCCUCCACCUCCUGGGAAGCCCUACAAGUGCAGCGAGUGUGACAGCAGCUUCAGCCACAAGUCAAGCUUGAGCAAACACCAGAUUACGCAUGUGGGCGAACGGCCGUACUCCUGCAGUGAGUGCCGCAAGAGUUUCCGGCUGCAGAUUUCGCUGGCGAUGCACCAGCGGGUGCACGCUGGCAAGAGUGAGCUCUCUUUCAUCUGCCCGCAGUGCGGCAAGGCCUUCAGCCGGCCGUCGCACCUCCUGCGGCACCAGCGGACUCACACAGGUGAGCGGCCCUACAAGUGCAGCCAGUGUGACAAGACCUUCAGUGAGAAGUCCAAACUGACCAACCACUACCGCGUGCACACUCGUGAGCGGCCCCACGCUUGCGGGGAGUGCGGCAAAGGCUUUAUUCGCAAGCACCACCUUCUGGAGCACCAGCGCAUACACACCGGGGAGCGGCCAUACCACUGUGCCGAGUGCGGGAAGAACUUCACACAGAAGCACCACCUGCUGGAACACCAGCGGGCGCACACCGGCGAGCGGCCCUACCCUUGCACGGAAUGCGCAAAGUGCUUCCGCUACAAGCAGUCCCUCAAGUACCACUUGCGGACACACAUGGGGGAAUGAGGACUGCCCCUCCCCACUCUCCCAUCGCACUAAGCCCUGACAUCUGGGGACAGAGGACUGAUGGGAUGGGAAUCCUCCAAGCGCACCCCUCUGCCUCCAAGAGCACAGACUCAUGGUCUCCUCCUUCAAGUAAAUAACGGGUUUCAGAAUCAAACUAACCGUACCUGUGUCGGCACCGUGACACUUGCCAGACCUGAACUCUCUGCCUUGCUUCAGCCUUCCCAGCCCUGUUCUGUUCUUUUUUAUAAUAAAUGUGGAGUCUGAUUUUCUUUGGUAA